AUGGCCGCAUCUGGGAGGGCGGUGCGGUCAAAUUCUAAAAGUACCGGCAUGAAUGUAGACAUGUCAGAGGUGUGGCAACCGCGAGAAAAGGUUCCUAAAGAUCGUUCCGUCCGCUUGCGUGUUAUGCCUGAACAGAGCAAUGACUACCGCGUGGUAGUGUUUGGGGCUGGAGGCGUGGGCAAGAGUUCCCUCGUGUUGCGCUUCGUGAGGGGCACGUUCAGGGAGAGUUACAUUCCCACAAUAGAGGACACAUAUAGACAGGUGAUAAGCUGCAACAAACAGGUGUGUACCUUACAGAUCACAGACACCACCGGAAGUCACCAGUUUCCCGCCAUGCAACGAUUAUCGAUUUCAAAAGGACACGCCUUCAUAUUAGUGUAUUCUAUUACAAGUCGGCAAUCUCUCGAGGAGCUUAAACCAAUAUUCGAUGAAAUUGCGGAAAUCAAAAGUGAAAUGGAAAGUAUACCAACAAUGUUAGUGGGAAAUAAAUGUGAUGAAACGAACCGUGAGGUCCCACAAAGAGAAGGGUCGGAAUUAGCAAAGCGGUGGAAUUGUGCUUUCUUAGAGACUUCAGCCAAGACGAAUCACAAUGUGAAGGAGUUGUUUCAAGAACUGUUACAACUAGAAAAAAGAAGAACUAUGAGUUUACAAUUAGAAACAAAGAAAACAAAAUCACAGAAACGCAAGGAAAAGUUGAAAGGCAAAUGUACCGUGAUGUAA